AUGUCAGAGAUUCGUGGAGAGGAUAAAGACGAUAAUAAGGCCAUAGAACAAGAUGAAGAAUGGGAAUCAAAAACACUGAUAUUGGAGAUUGGUGGUAUAAUGGAUGUAAGCACAGCACGACAGGCUUUGAACCGAAGUGAUAGUGCUAUACGUCGAUGCAACACGGAAAAUCCCAUACUACAAAUUUCAAAUUCUCUCUUUACAGCUGAAUGGAAUUCUACUAUAGGCAGUGACAUGAUUUUCAAAUUAGAAGAAAAGCAGCUUCGUUUUGUUGAGUGCUCGGAUGUUAGAUUGAAAGCUGAAAAAGCUUUAAUCAUUGAUAAUGAUGACAAAAGUUUCUCAGUAUUUUGUUCUGAAAUGAAUGUGACAACGUAUGAUUGUGGUGACACAUAUUUCCACGUACACACCUAUUGGCUGCCAUUAAAAAGUUUACGCAAAUACCCAAAACUGAAGCAGCGACAACAGCUUUUCAUUGUGCGUCUCUUUUGGAGGAAGGCUUAUGUCGGUGGCCUAUGUCCGACGUACAAUCGAUUCGUCUUCAAUGAGAGCGUGACAAUGGAUGAUCCAUCGGUGCUGGCGACUGGUUAUUCUAAUUGA